GCGUCAUUGUACGAUGGUGGAUUAUAUAACCCUUAUGGUUCUCGAACUCCAUCUGAAUACAGUUAUUACUCAUUAAGAACAAGUUCAGGCCGAAGCAGUCCUGCGUUUACUGAUGAUGAUACCACGAGCAUUGUGUCUUCUGAUCGUGCCAGUCACGGGCGAAGGGAGAGUGUGGUUUCUGCUGCUGAUUAUUUUAGUCGCUCCAAUCGUAGGGGGAGUGUUGUCUCUGAGGUGGAUGACGUCAGUAUCCCAGAUUUGAACAGCUUGGAUGAAAAAUCUGACAAACAAUAUGCUGAAAAUUACACAAGGCCUUCAUCUCGAAAUUCUGCCUCAGCAACAACCCCUCUAAGUGGAAACUCAUCUAGACGAGGAAGUGGGGACACCAGCAGCUUAAUAGAUCCAGACACCUCAUUAAGUGAAUUGCGGGAUAUCUAUGACCUUAAGGACCAGAUACAGGAUGUAGAAGGGAGAUACAUGCAGGGGCUUAAAGAACUAAAGGAGUCUUUGUCUGAAGUGGAAGAAAAAUACAAGAAAGCCAUGGUUUCCAAUGCACAGUUAGACAAUGAGAAGAACAAUUUGAUCUACCAGGUAGACACCCUCAAGGAUGUUAUUGAAGAACAGGAGGAACAGAUGGCGGAAUUUUAUAGAGAAAAUGAAGAAAAAUCAAAGGAGUUAGAAAGGCAGAAACAUAUGUGCAGCGUGCUGCAGCAUAAGAUGGAUGAACUUAAAGAAGGCCUUCGGCAAAGAGAUGAGCUUAUUGAGGAGAAUCAGCGCAUGCAGCAGAAAGUAGACACCAUGACAAAAGAGGUGUUUGACCUCCAGGAGACACUUCUUUGGAAAGAUAAAAAAAUUGGGGCCCUAGAGAAACAGAAAGAAUACAUUGCCUGCCUUAGGAAUGAGCGAGAUACGCUCAGAGAGGAGCUGGCUGACCUGCAGGACACAGUGAAGACAGGAGAGAAACAUGGCUUAGUUAUAAUCCCCGAUGGCACGCCCAAUGGUGAUGUCAGUCAUGAACCAGUGGUUGGAGCCAUUACUGUUGUGUCUCAGGAAGCUGCUCAGGUCUUGGAGUCAGCGGGAGAAGGGCCACUAGAUGUAAGGCUACGAAAACUUGCUGAAGAAAAGGAAGAGCUACUAUCACAGAUUAGAAAACUGAAGCUGCAGUUAGAGGAAGAACGGCAGAAGUGCUCCAGGAAUGAUGGCACAGCGGGUGACCUGAUGGGACUACAGAACGGCUCAGACUUGCAGUUCAUUGAAAUGCAGAGAGAUGCCAACAGACAAAUUAGUGAAUACAAAUUUAAGCUUUCAAAAGCAGAACAGGAUAUAACCACCUUGGAGCAAAGUAUUAGCCGGCUUGAGGGACAGGUGCUGAGAUAUAAAACUGCUGCCGAGAAUGCUGAGAAAGUAGAAGAUGAACUGAAAGCAGAAAAGAGGAAGCUACAACGAGAGUUACGCACAGCACUGGACAAGAUUGAGGAGAUGGAGAUGACCAACAGCCACCUGGCCAAGAGGCUGGAGAAGAUGAAGGCCAAUAGGACAGCACUUCUGGCCCAGCAGUAGGAGGCCACCCUUCCACCCGGGUACUGCUCUGUGGGGCCCUGCCCGAGUGACUGACACAAACCCCUUUUUGUCCGUUGACACAAACACCUUUCAGUACUGUUUGAGUUUUGUCAUUAAAACAGCUACCUUUGUAUUUUAUAAUUUAUGAAAGAAUGAAGCAAUUUUGAAUCUUCAUGAUUGAACACUU